AUGCCUUACACGCCGCCAACCCACCACACGCCCUCGAGCUCUAAACAGUCCAGUCCCACUCCGAGUAGGUCACACUCAUACAUCAAAGGACCUUCUCUUUCUCCAGAGUCUGCCGAUCGACCAAACCCGCCUCGUUCCAGCGGCUCCUCUUCAUACCUCACCAAGCACCGACGGAGUCCCUCGUUGAACGAUGCUGCCAAGAUUGAGGUCCUUCACAAUGGCGAGGCGUACGAGGUGAACGGGGCCUUUGACCCCCAUGAUAGUAUCCGCCAGUCGCCUCCGCCUGUGACAAAUGCAUUAAUACCUGCAGGGAUGACAAUAUCCCCCCCAGACUCCUCUCAUAACUCGAGUGACGAGGAUGAACCGGAGCGAGGACGGUCGAGGGAUUUCGACGAGGACCUUCAGGCCCUGCAAGAAGCUAUCCGGUCGAUAGAGCAGAGGAAGGUUACCGGAUCUCCCACCCGUGGAGAGGACAGCUCCUCUGCCAUGAGAACAGACACUGUGGCUUCCCGCCUUGACGGGACGCAAUCCGCAGGGCCUGCGGUCCUGCGACUACCCUUGUCGCAGGAGGCUCGAAAAAUCUCACACUCGAGGUCGUCGACCGACUCCAAUAUUGUUUUCGAAUCACCAUCAAAGCAAACCCCCUCUCUGGCCCUCCGGCCAGACACUGAUGACAGCGACAGCGACAACCCACCCGCUGAGCGACCGGCAAUGGUACGCAAGAAGUCAGGUGAGCUCGUCCGUCCAGCUCUUCGACCGUCGUCACGACGGCGGCCAUCAAGCAUGCCGGGGACACCUACCUAUUCCAAAGCCGUUCACUUUGACUCUCACCUGGAACACGUCAGACAUUUCCUGCAGGUGGACCGACCACUCGCCGUGAGUGCCGGUUCAUCUCCCGUAGAGAACUAUGAGAGCGAGACUGAUUUCCCGUUUGGAUCCGAGGAGUCCAAUGCUCGGUCUCGCACACCCUCAUAUGAAUGGGAGAUUCGCUUGAACAAUUUCCCGAGUGACUUGGAAGCUCGACGGUCACUGCCUGUCUUCGUUGAAAGAAUAUUCCUGUCGUCGGACAACAAGAACCUCAUUGGGACGGUCGCGGUGCAGAAUCUCGCGUUCCACAAGCAAGUCGUCGCUCGGUUCACGUUCGACUACUGGAAGACCACCUCGGAGAUCGUUGCCGACUACAACAAUGAUGUCCGCCGGAAGGGCAACCAUGAUGGUCUCGACCGCUUCAACUUCAGCAUCAAGCUCGAAGACCAGGCAAACCUGGAAAGCAAGACACUGUUCUUCUGCAUCCGCUACAGUGUCAAUGGCCAAGAAUUCUGGGACAACAAUGCCGGUGCCAAUUACCAAGUCGACUUCAGCAAGAAGUCCAAAUCGCCACCGACCAAGUCUAGCCCUGGUCUUGGUGAGAGACCGCUCAAUGCCUUGCCUCGCAGUCGACCAUCACCACCUACCUCUUCUGGAAGGCCCGUCUCGAUGCCUAUCUCAUUCGAUGACUUCUCCACCGGCUUUGACAGCUUCGGAAGCUUCUUGCAAUCCCCGAGCUCACUGAUGGGUGAACCCAAACUCAAGCUGAGGAGUCCCAAGUCCAAAUCAGAACUGCUCCCUGAUGCUCCCCAGCGCCGUAAGCAGGCUGGGCCGCAAGCAUUUGGGAACCGGUAUGAUUUCAAGACAUCGUUGACAGCCGCAAAGAACAACGCAUAUGCCGCUAUGGGCGAGUGGUCUGGCUUGGGUCCAAGGACGAACACAAAGCAGUCUUCCCACGAGGUCUCUGCAACUACUCCUGUGCAGAGUGUUGCGAAUGCUGCUCCCAAGCAUGAAACUGGCGUCAACGGUGUCAAAGUCGGAGCGAAUAAAACCGCUCCUGAUGCUGCUGCUUCUGCUGCCGCUCCUUUGACAUCCAAGCCGGCUGCUCUGCUCUCUGAGAAACCUUCUCUGAGUUCACAGAGCUACAAGGAGCUCGUGGACAAGUACUGCUUUUUUGGGACAGCCAAGGUUGAGGGGUCGGCGGACUCUACCUCUGCGUCGGAGAGCAAUGGAGGCAGUUCGGCUGACUCGUCCGGCUCGACAACCCCCACACCACCUCGAAGUAUGUCGCCCGUCCCGGAUGCUCAAUCGUCAAAGCCGUUUGCGCAGUAUGUCGCCCGUUCUUCGUCACCUUUGUCAUCUGGCGGAUUCUUCGGACCCCGCUCUGGGUCGCCGGCGUCCUUUGGAUAUCCAUACCACUCGGCGACCCAACAUACCUUGAUGUCCGAGUCACCCACACCGACUGCAAUUCAAGGAUAA